UACAACAUCACCUCCAUCAACUUUCUCCCCACAACAGCUGAAAUGAGGGCUGAGCUGCUGAAAAUAACAAAAGCCUCAGUUUCUCUUGACUUUCUAAACCCUUUACGGCAAAAUAUGCCAACGCCAAGCACAUUAGCUCCAGACGUGCCUCGGAAACAAGAAACCUGCACUUCUGAUCAUCAGUAUCAUCUCAGUGCUGAAGAUGAUGAGUCACAUCAGCUGGACCUGUCUUCGACCAGCUCUACACAACUGCAACAAAUAUCACCUAUGCAAGAGGACCCCUACUCCAACCAUCCCUGUGUUCAGGGUAACUCAGAGGGAGCAUCUUUACCUCAGUCUCCUGUGAAACGGAUGCUGAGACUGCUCAGUGAAAUGGCUGAAAACCCAGACUACAGUAAUGCCAUGUCUAAAAUGGCCAAGCAGCUUGAAAAGAUGCAGCACAACCAGACCCAACUGAUCUCGGCAUUUUACUGCUUUGGUAAAGGGAUGUCAGUAUCAAAACGUGCAGCAGCGUUAAGACGAGCUGCUAGACGACCAGGUCCUAUUAUUGGCUGUCAGCCAACAGCAGUGGCCAGAAGAACAGCUAAGACUGGUUCUAGGCAGCGUUUGACAGCUGGACGCCCCAGAAAAUGCAGUUCUGGUUCAGAGCAUGACUACAGCAGAUAUACAGGGAAAAGGGCUGUCAGGGUUCGCCACAAAUUGUCAGAAUCCGUGGCAAUUAAUUACUCACAUCAAGCAUAAAAUUAUUUGUAUGACGUGGGUGGGUUUGGGUGUGUGUGAGUGUGUGUGUGUGUGUGUGUGUGUGUGUGUGUGUUUAAAAAUGGUUAUUUAGUAGAUUAGUUAAUGCAAACAUAGUAUUAUUUAUGAAAUUUAGAUCCAGACUGCAGGUUAUGUAGCCAUUUUAAAAUCAUUUUUGGAAACUUGUUAAAAAUAUUAACUGCACAGAAAAAAAAAUCAAAAGUUUUUAUAGCAAUUGUGAAUUGCAUGUAAUGUUUUUGUGUACCAGGACAUUUUUGUAUGUUAUCUAUGUAAUUGAUAAAUAAAGCUUUCUA